AUGCUAACUAAUUUUACUUCAUUUUAUGGUGGUUACUUUAUCAUUAACGGUUCCGAAAAAAUUCUAAUAUCUCAAGAAAGAUUAGCCUACAAUUACGUCUAUAUCUUUAAACAUGCUUCGCCGUCGACUACCUUGUAUAGCGCGGAAUUUCGUAGUUCUACUGAACACAUGUCAAAAUUAAUUAUUAGAAAAGCUGAAUCAUUCACACACGUCGCUUUGCAUUUUAUUAUAAAGGACAUUCCAAUUAGAGUUUUCUUGCCAUCGGAAUCCUCAACGAUGAGGACUUCAUCGAUUCCAAAUCCUUAUAUGACCCUUGGAUUAAAACGUGGAAAUUAUGAGAAACUUGAUGACGAUGGGAUCGUAUCUUGUGGGGUUCGAGUUUGUGGAAAUGAUAUUCUUAUAGGAAAGGUGUCCACACUUUCACCUGAAGAUGAACUGUUUGGCCAACGAAAAGAAUCUCAUGUAUAUCGAGAUGACGGAGCUAAAUUGGAUCAAGUUGGAGUUAGAAAUACGCGGAUUUCUGAAAUUGGAGAUAAAUUCGAAAGUCGUCAUGAUCAAAAAGGAACCAUUGGAAUCAAUUAUCAUCAAGAGGAUAUGCCAUUCACUGCUGACGGUAUUUCACCAGAUAUUAUCAUAAAUCCACAGCCGUAUGACAAUCGGACAUUAAAUUGCACGUUUAAUGGGAAAGCUUUCGAUGUUUCCGGGAGUGAUGGUGAUGCCACAGCUUUUUCUGAAGUUACCGUAGAAUCCAUUUCGCGAAACUUGGUUCUUUGGAUUCCACCGUCGUGGAUUGGAAGUUAUGUAUAA